GGAAUGGUGUCCCAGGCCCCAUUCCCCACAUCCCACACAGCACCCACGCCGUUCCCUGCACGCCCCCUCUCCUGGGCUCUGGUAACUUUUGCAGCCAUGAGAUAAUUCCUGCCCAGAGCCGGCUCCUUUGAGCCCCACAGAAUUCCUGUGUCAGCCCUGCCCACGGGAUCAUCCUCACAGCAAAGCCUGGCCUCGGGAAGGAAACAGGAGCUGGGGCAGCAGCCAGGGCAGGGCAGGGCAGGGAGCACAGCCCUGGCUGCUCCUGCUCCAUGGGUGCCACUUUCCCCCCUGAAAAACACCGGGAAAUGGUGUCCCUGGAAACCCCAGCUCCCAUUCCAAACCUCAGGGAUUUAAGGAUUUUAUUGUUUUGUGCAAGAAACAGAGGGGAAAAGACCUCAGAGAGGAAAAGAGCAGCUUGAGCACAGUCUGGGUGCAGCACAGCUGGGCACGUUUGUGCCAGGCAGAGUGGAACCAGCUGGGAACAUCCCUCUAAGUGCCUUGAUUGUGGCCUGAAGGGCCACGGUCCGUAAUUACUCUCCGGGUGCCAUGGAAGAUGCUAAAGGGACUAAGAAGGAGCUCAGCUUCAGGCUGGAAGGGCGGUAAGUCAGGGGGAAAAAGGUGGCACGGACUGGAGGCAGCACAAGAUGCCUGGUGCUGCAUGUGCAGCACCUUCAGGAAAGUUUGGGGUUUCCAAAUCAUUGCAGAUCUAAUGAGUGCUUCUCCAAUUGCAGGAUUCAAAGAGCUACAGUUAUGUUCAGCAGAGCUGUGGCUGGGAAACCAGGAGAUAAAAUACGGGCAUGGAAUUACAUGGAAUCAUCAAGUUUGCACUGGGAGGGACUUUGAAGAUCAUCCACCCCUAACCCCUGCCCUGGGCAGGGACACCUUCCCCUGUCCCAGGCUGCUCCAAGCCCUGUCCAACCUGGCCUUGGGCAUUCCCAGGGUUGGAGUUCCCAGUUUCUCCGGUGCCAGGGCCUGCCCACCCUCACAUGGAAGAAUUUCUUCCCAGUAUCCCUGCUAACCCUGCCCCUGGCGGGUUAAAAUGCCCUUCGUGGGUCGCCUACAGUGAAAUCCCUGCUGGUAACUUCAAGGCUGGGACAAGGAUUGGGCUUGUGAGGGCACAGUGCACAUUCUCCAUCCCCCUCCAGGCUCGGGGUCACCUGCCCAGCAAGGGGCUCCUCAGGAGUGCUGCUGGGAUCUGGGCACCCCAAUUCCAGGGAUUUCUGAGCUGCUCCUGCCACGGUCACCGUGCUGUGAGUCCCUCCUCAGCAGCACUCUCUGCGUGUUUCGGCCCCGACGGUUUGUCAGGGAUUUCAGACAGAUGAUGCUGAAGACAAACCUCCAGGCUGCUGCCAGAGAGGGGCUGGCUUCUGGGAUUAACCCCCAGCCCCAGCAGCGUGCCACGAAUCCCAGCCCACGGAGGGAUCCUGCGCUCUGCGAGGCUCAGGCACAAACACAGGACGGGCUGUCGGCUCCUCCCUGUGCCACGGGCCGUCAGCUCCAGAGGACAUCAGCCCCGAUUUUUUAUUGUUCUGUGUCCCUCGCGUAGCCGCGCAGAUUGCUUAAGAGAAUGGCACUCCGUGGAGUUUGACCCGGGAGCCCUGAUAGUGAAAAUAAUGCACUUCUCACCAGAGCCACGGGAGACCAAAAGAGUAACUUCGGUCAAUUAGUUUAACUUUGACUAUAAAUAUUCCUUCUCAUUCCUUGUGACCCUGUUAACAGCUCCGCUGGCAAACCCCGAUUCUCUGGCAAUAUUUAAGCUGCCUGUCAGUUGGCAGAGCCCUGCUGGUGCCCGGCGCGGGGAGCAGAAUAAGACCCGGCUGAGCGCAGUAUAUGCAGCAGGACAGGGGCGUGCCCAGGAAGCCAUGGACCCCACCAGCGUGCCCCCGGCCUCUGUGACCCCCUCGUGGGACGUGUUCCCCCAGCAGACCCUGGAGCCCGUGGACAUCGCCGUGCUCGUGCUCUAUUUCCUCUUCGUGCUCGCCGUGGGGCUCUGGUCCAUGUGGAAGACGCAGCGCAGCACCGUCAAGGGCUACUUCCUCGCCGGGGGACAGAUGGUCUGGUGGCCUGUGGGUGCAUCCCUGUUUGCCAGCAACGUGGGCAGCGGGCACUUCAUCGGCCUGGCCGGCUCGGGAGCUGCCUCGGGCAUCGCAGCCACAGCCUACGAGUGGAACGGGAUGUUCUGCGUGCUGGUGCUGGCCUGGCUCUUCCUGCCCAUCUACAUCGCCUCGGGGGUCACCACCAUGCCGGAGUAUUUGCAGAGACGCUUUGGAGGCAAAAGAAUUCAGAUAUUCCUGGCUGUUCUCUACUUGUUCAUCUACAUCUUCACCAAAAUAUCUGUGGACAUGUACGCCGGGGCCCUGUUCAUCCAGCAGGCCUUGCACUGGGACCUGUACAUCGCCGUGGCUGGGCUGCUGGCCAUCACUGCCGUGUACACCGUGUCUGGUGGCCUGGCAGCUGUGAUCUACACGGAUGCCCUGCAGACCCUCAUCAUGCUCAUCGGGGCCGUGUCCCUCAUGGUCUUCAGUUUUAUUGAAGUUGGUGGCCUUGAAGGUUUACAGGCAAAAUACUUUGAUGCCAUUCCCAGCAGCCGGCCGGAGAACAGCAGCUGUGGCCUGCCCAGGGAAGAUGCUUUCCACAUCUUCAGAGACCCCGUGAGCUCUGACCUGCCCUGGCCAGGAGUCCUGGUGGGAAUGACCAUCCCAUCCCUGUGGUACUGGUGCACAGAUCAGGUCAUCGUGCAGAGGUCCCUCGCUGCCAAAAGCCUCUCCCACGCCAAAGGAGGCUCCUUGAUGACCUCCUACUUGAAGAUUUUGCCCCUCUUUAUGAUGGUAAUGCCAGGCAUGAUCAGCCGGGUUCUCUUCCCAGAUCUGGUGGCUUGUGCAGACCCAGAAAUCUGCCAGAAAAUCUGCGGCAACCCCUCUGGCUGUUCCGAUAUUGCUUAUCCCAAGCUGGUGCUGGAGCUCCUGCCUGUAGGACUCAGGGGCCUGAUGAUGUCCGUGAUGAUAGCAGCCCUCAUGUCCUCCCUGACUUCCAUCUUCAACAGCUCCAGCACCAUUUUCACCAUGGACCUCUGGAAACACUUCCGGCCCCGCUGCUCCGAGUGGGAGCUGAUGAUCGUGGGCAGGGUCUUUGUGCUGCUGCUGACCGUGGUGUCCAUCCUGUGGAUCCCCCUGGUGCAGGCGGGCCAGGGUGGGCAGCUCUUCAUCUACAUCCAGUCCAUCAGCUCCUACCUGCAGCCGCCCGUGGCCGUGGUCUUCAUCCUGGGCUGCUUCUGGACGAGGGCCAACGAGAAGGGAGCCUUCUGGGGGCUGCUGCUGGGGCUGCUGCUGGGCGCCGUGCGCCUGGUGCUGGAUUUCAUCUACCCCGAGCCGCGCUGCGGCCAGCCCGACGGCCGGCCCGGCGUGCUCAAGUACAUGCACUACCUCUACUUCUCCAUGCUGCUGGGCGCCGUCACCAGCCUCACCGUGCUCCUGGUCAGCCUGGCCACCGAGCCCCCGGCCCCCGAAAUGGUCAGCCGGCUCACCUGGUUCACCCGCGGGGAUGCUCCGGCCCGCCAGGAGCCGGCGGCUGGCACCAAGGAGCUGCAGCUGGAGCUGAGCCCCGCUCCUGAGAGCGGCUCCGAGGGCAGCAAAGGUGCAGCCGAGGCCAAGGGCAGCUCCAAGCUGCUGAGCACCUUGCUGUGGCUCUGCGGGAUGGAGCGCAGGCAGGAGGGGGCCGAGAGCGUGCCCAGAGCUGAGCCCCUGCCCGGGGUGUCCCUGGAGGAGGCCCCGCUGGUGAAGCACGUCCUGAACAUCAACCUGCUGCUGUGCCUGUGUGCCGGGCUCUUCCUCUGGGCGUACUUCGCGUAG